AUUGUUUUUUUUUUCUUGUAGCAAAUAUAGGCAGUGCGAUGUUUGUCAGAACUGGUAUCAUGCAGACUGCAUAGGUGUUUCUAAUUCCAGAGAAGGAGAAAAUAAUUACUGCAGCAAAAAUUGUCAGGUGGUAGUUAUAAGUGAUGGAGAACAAGCAAAUGAUCAAGAUAGAAAACAACCAAGUGAUAGUGAUAGUGAAGAAGAAUUUGGAAGACAUGACAAACAGGAUGAAACGUUAAUACCUUUCAGUUACAUAAACUCACAGUGGGAAAACAUGACUUCAUUUCUGACCGACAUAUCAUCCUGCGACCAAAAGCACUGCAAAGAAAAGAGCCAUGAGAGGCAUCACCUUUUCAAUGAGAACUAUGCAAAUGAAAUCAGAAGAAAACAUUAUUACGGCAUUAAAUACUUCAAGACCAAAACUGUAGAACAACUGCAUGAACAAUUGCAGAAUCAAUUUAUGUAUCAAAUGCUGGACCCAAAGUAUCCAGCAACAGGACUAAGAAUCCAGAUGAUUAGGUCUGUGCAGACAAAUUCUUGCCUUUACAAGUUGUUCUGCAGAAACCAAAUAAUAUCACACAGUUACUUGGCUUAUCUGCUUCUAAAGGAAGCCCUGGCUUUCAUUGUCGCCACCUACAAGACUAUAAGUUACACAGAGGCAGAUAAAAGCUGCAGUGAGACAGAGAAAGAUAUUAGGGAUAUAAUCCCUAAACUGAAAAAAAAUUGAGGCUGUCAUAGACCACAUUGUUUCAACUGAUUUUCUUUAAAUAUAUUUAUCACAAAGUCUUACACAAAACAAGUUGACUUAGUUACAAGAUGUGUAUGAUAUGCUGAAGAUAUUAUGUAAUAUUCGUGAUAGGUUCAUAUUGGAUAGUGGGCAUGCAAUUUUGUGUUUAUAAUGAUGUCAUUUAAUAUGCAAGUCAUUUUGAUGAUAUUAUAUAGUGGGCAUACAAUUUUGGGUGUAUAAUGAUGUAAUGCAAUCUGUAAGUCAUUUUGAUAAUAUUAUAUAGUGGGCAUACAAUUUUGGGUGUAUAAUGAUGUAAUGCAAUAUGUAACUCUUUUUGAUGAUAUAUAGUGGGCAUGCAAUUUUGGGUGUAUAAUGAUGUAAAGUAAUAUGUAAGUCAUUUUGAUGAUAUUAUAUAGUGGGCAUACAAUUUUGGGUGUUUAAUGAUGUCAUUUAAUUUGUAAGUCAUUUUGAUGAUAUUAUAUAGUGGGCAUGCAAUGUUGGGUGUAUAAUGAUGUAAUGUAAUAUGUAAGUCAUUUUGAUGAUAUUAUAUAGUGGGCAUACAAUGUUGGGUGUUUAAUGAUGUAAUGCAAUAUGUAAGUCAUUUUGAUGAUAUUGUAUAGUGGGCAUGCAAUUUUGGGUGUUUAAUAAUGUCAUGUAAUAUGUAAGUCAUUUUGAUGAUAUUAUAUAGUGGGCAUAUAAUGUUGGGUGUAUAAUGAUGUAAUGCAAUAUGUAAGACAUUUUGAUGAUAUUAUAUAGUGGGCAUGCAAUUUUGGGUGUUUAAUGAUGUAAUGCAAUCUGUAAGUCAUUUUGAUGAUAUUGUAUUGUGGGCAUACAAUGUUGGGUGUUUAAUGAUGUAAUGUAAUAUAUAAGUCAUUUUGAUGAUAUUAUAUAGUGGGCAUACAAUGUUGGGUGUUUAAUGAUGUUAUGUAAUAUGUAAGUCAUUUUGAUGAUAUUAUAUAGUGGGCAUACAAUAUACAAUUAUUGACUAGUGAGCCAUUGAAUAUGAUGUGAUAUUCACCGGCAGAUGACAUAUUGACCGAGGCAAUAGCCGAGGUCAAUAUGACUUUCUGCCGGUGAAUAUCACAUCAUAUUCAAUGGCUCACUAGUCAAUAAUUGUUUUAUUAUAUGGGCCCAAGAAAUAAAAAAAAUCACAAAAAGUACAACCUUAUAUACAUGUACAAUUUUUGCAUCGUUGAAGCGUGGGGAAAAAGACGCACGUGUUAGGCGUGCAACGACUUUGCGAACGCUGCGCAUACAAAAGUAAUUCAAGUUUAUGCUCAACAUUGCGGUGAAGCCUUUAAGUAAAAUGGUAAUGUAUUGAUAUUUUAAUCGAGAAAUAUGCCAUAUGGAACAAAAAGCAACAAUUACUUUUUAAGUAACACGCGUAUUUAACAGCCUACGGUGUAUGAUCAUUGAAUAUGAGUCUCAAUCUAUUUUUAGACUGGGAAAAUCCAAUUCAGCCAGUGAAUAUAAUACUACACCCAGAACUUAUGAUUUUAUAAAAAGUUCUG